AGGUAGCACAGCAGUGCGGUCGAUUAGUUUUUUCUCGGAAACGACGAACCCCGCGAUUCGCUCAAGAGUAUGCGCGCGCGUGCGCGUGCGUUGGUGUAAUGUGUGCUUAGAGGUGCGUGGUCGUGUUUCUGUGAGUGUUUUUUUUGUUUUUUUUUUUUGUGCGUAACCAAUAGAUAUUGUUUGUAGGUUUGGCUUGAGCUUACGUUCCAAAAAGGUAACGAAUGGUAGUUACCGAGUUAGUUCACCGAGAAAAGAAGGUCUAUUGUUGAAAACGCAACGGGCGAAGAAAGAUGGUGCAGCAGCAGCAGCAACGUGUAGCACAGUUUGUCCUGGACCAUACCGAGCCUCCUCCUCCCACCCAGGCUGACCAAGUUGCAAAACGCCAUGUCUCGAACGCCAUGAGCGCCGCGAGUAGUGAAUGAAACAUCCCCCCCCCCCGUCCCUCACGCCCCCCACACCUCCCCGCAAGCAGAGUGGAUAGAGAUAUUGAGGAAUUUUCAAGGACCUCCGUAGUGUUUGUGCGUGUCUGUGCCGUAUACGCGCGUGUGCAAGUUUUUUUUUUAUAGUGUGUCACCGACAGCAGCAGCCGCACCAGGAGACAACGCGCACCUCAACAGCAACAUCAUGAAGGUGACGGUUUGCUUCGGUGAGACGCGGUUCGUCGUACCGUGUCCACCGGGCACGACCGUACUGAAGCUGGAACAGGAAGCGAUCCUGCGGUACAAGCGCAAGAAUCCGGACUCGUGGGUCGUGGUGCACCAUCUGCAGUCACAAUCGGGCAUCCUGGACCCGGAGGACAACAUUAGCGACGUGGCGGACGACCGGGAGGAGCUGAUCGCGAGCUUCGAGGACGCGGGCCCCGGACCGGAUCCGGGCGUGCAGCAGGGUGGCGGUGACGGUGCUAGCGGCAGCUCGGUCGGUACCGGUAGUCCCGACAUCUUCCAGGUAGUCGCUCCAGCACCAGGCGGCAGUGCGAAUGGCGGUGGUGGUGGUGGUGGUGGUGGUGAUGGUGGUGCAGUUCCCGUUGGUGGUGCCCCCGGUACGGUAGUACCCGCUGGCCCCGGUCCCGGUCUCACCGUUACGGUAGCAUCUCAGCCCGACCACACCAACACCACUGCUACAGACAACAACAGCACCACCGCGGCGGCACCAGGACCAGGUGGCGGUGGAACGGCAACAGGUGGUUCGUGCAUCGAGGUGACGGCGAACGAGCCGGUACCGCUGGGGCUGGGGCUGCAGGUGCGCCGUGGCAGCGAACCAUCACUGCAUCAGAUCGGCGUGACCGACCAGCGCAGCCCACUGUACAACGUCAACCCGAACGGCCAUCACCAGGAGACGACCAAGCGCUGGUCGGCGGCACCGGUCUGCCGCAGUGACGAUGCGACCACCGCCCCCGGUGUGGGUGGCACACCGGUCUCCGUUGCCGCCUAUCUCAUGUCACCGGAGUGGAACGUGCCGGAGGAGGAUGCAUCCUCCACGUCACCUCCACCACCACCGUCAGCGCAGGCCUUCAACCGAUCCGGACGGUUGUCGAUGCAGUUUCUCGGCGCUGAUGCAACCGCCACCGGCUAUCGGUGGAUGGAGGCGGCCGAAAAAGCGGCCAACAACCAUCACCACCAUCAUCAGCAGCAGCAGCAGCAGCAGCAGCAGCAUCACCAUCAACAGCAGGGUAGCGGUAGCAGCUAUCAACAGCAACCGCCAUACCAUCACCAUCACCAGCACUCCCACAGUGGCAUCUACCAGUCGUCGCACAGCAACGGUGGCGGAGGAGGGAGCGUCAACAACAGCUUCAGUACGAAAUCGCUGCCUCGGGAGUCGACGCGCAAGGAGCCGCUCGGUCAAGCGAAACCCAUUUACGACUCGAUACGGGAGAAGGAAAGUGAGAUGCUGCUGGUGGUGAAUGAGACGGGUGGCCCAUUGGGACUGACGGCCAUUCCCGAUGCAGAACGCGGUGGGCUGCUGGUGCAGAGCGUGGAAUCGGGCAGCCGGGCGGAGCGGGGCCGGGUACGCCGGGGCGAUCGUAUUCUGGAGAUCAACGGCAUCAAGCUGGUCGGGCUCUCGGAGGUCUCCGUGCAGGAGCACCUUCGCAAGAGUCUCGCCUCCACCGAGCUACGACUUUGGGUGAUACGUGGCAGCAAGCACCAGCAGCACCAGCAGCAGCACAACGCCACUGGCAAGAGCAACGGCAACGACGGUUCGGUGGCUGCCCUCGGUCGGUUGGUAACGGGUGGCAGCGGUUCCCGCUACCAGCGGCGCACCACGGACAGCGCCAGCAGCACAAACCACCGUGGCUCGCAGAUGAUCGAGGCGGAAGAAGUACCGGCCCCGGCGAAGGUGGCGACGGUGUCACCGACACGCAAGAUGCCCGGUGGACCGUCAACCGUCGCGGCUAGCCUGCUGCAGGUCGCCAACACACGCAAGCUAGGCAAGCGCAUCGAGAUCACCCUCACCAAGGGUGACCAUGGGCUUGGUUUCUCGGUCACGACCCGUGACAACCCGG